GCGCGCUGACGUAUGAACCAAUUGUUAAAUGAUAUAUAGUUUUUCCAAGAAUUAAUUCCAUAUCGUUUUCCCAAUAAUUAGUUGUCAGCAACUGAAGCCAGGUCACAGUAAUCCAAGCUCAAGAAUCAUUUGACGAAACCUCUGCGAUGUCUAAGUUGUGCCAGAGAUUGGAGGAAAAAUGCGAUCACACCCCUAACGAUGCGCAAGUUGUUGAAACCAUAACUUGUCAAUUUGCGAUGUUACCCCCCAUAAAGUGCUCGUGACAGACGUAGACGUGCCAGCCAAAAGCUUGCAAGUGAAAAGCAAAAUCCUCCCGUGCAAGUCUGCGUUUUUGCUAUUGGACCUUUUUAAGAACGUGCCUAACAAGAAUCGGUGGAAGAAUAUUACCACUUUGCUUCAUGGAGCGUUCGACUCUACUGGUGGGCACGAUUUUUAUUUCAUCGUUUUUCUUGAUCAUAACACUGUGGAGUGAAACAAGCUAUCCACGAUUCAAGCCUUGGAAUGAAACAAGUCAUCCACGAUUCAAGCCUUGGAAUGAAACGAGCAACAGGACAGAAAUCGCAUCCGAUCGAACUUGCUUCAGUAAUGACACCAAAAUCAUUUUGUUCUACACUGCUUAUUUUGGUGACAAACCAUGGCCCACAGCCAAAUCCACGGAAGAGUAUCUUUCGAAAUGUCCGACAAAAAAAUGCAAAAUAACCUAUGAUGUACGCGAUAUAGGAAAAAGUGAUCUAGUUAUUUUUCAUGUUCGUGAUAUACUACGUUCUGUUACAUCGGAAAAAAUUCAACAGAUUCACAAGAACCGGUCCCCACAGCAAAGAAUGGCGUUUCUUACCCAUGAAUCCAUUGUCAAUGAGGCAGAUUUAAAGAACCGUCUUUCUUGGCCGGAGGGGUUCUUUAAUUGGACAAUAUCUUACAAAAGGGAGUCAGAUAUUUACUAUCCUUAUGGAGCUUAUUUUCCCUUGCCGUCAGCGGAGAGACCAACGAAAAUUCCUAACUAUGCAGCUGGGAAAACCAAAUCUGUGUCAUGGGCUGUUUCAAAUUGUGGGAGAGCUCGAGAUAAGUACGUAAAAAAACUUUUGAAAUACAUUAAAGUUGAUAUAUAUGGCGGCUGUUCGGGAAGAUUUGGCCAAAACAAUAAUUGCCCGCGAUCAAGAAAUUGCGAUGAUAUUUUCAGCACAUAUAAGUUUUAUCUGGCAUUUGAAAACAGCGUGUGUCCUGAUUACAUUACUGAGAAAUUUUGGCGCACAUUUGGUUGGAAUUCAGUGCCUAUAACACUGACAAGAGAUUUCUAUACACCAGAUAUAGUCCCUCCAGGCUCGUUUAUAAGUGUGCAAGACUUUCCAUCUAUUAAGGCUUUAGCGGAAUACCUGUUGUACCUCGACAAAAAUGACACUGCUUAUAAUGAAUACUUCACAUGGAAAAAAGAAUUCGUCGCUAGACUGAUGACUGGAUUUCCACAUACAGCCUGUGACGUAUGUGAUGCUCUUCACGAUGAAUGUGUUAAACCCAAAUUUUAUAAAGAUAUAUUCAAAACUUAUUGGAACGAUGGUGCUCGUUGCAAUGAAAACCACAGGAAACUUUUACAACUUAUAGAUAGUGAGGAAGAGUGAUCAAUGUAAGUCAAAAAUCCAUGCAGCCUAGUCUGGGGUAAUUGUGGCAAAAAAUUAUCUAACAAGCUACUAAAACUACAAAACCGAGCUGCACGUGUAAAAAAUUCAUCAAACUAUGACGUAGAUGUCGAAUCCUCGGUUACCCAAUAACCCACGUGUAAAUUUAUAAGGUAAAAUGAAUCAAACUAUUCUCUGAGGGACUCGGUAAACAAACUUGUUGUCCCCUUUCCAAGGACUAACUACUUGAAAAAUAGUUUUAGUUAUAGCGGCGCAACCCCAUGGAAUAGCUUACCCUGUAAAAUUAGAGAGUCUGGUUCAUUUUACCAAUUUAAAUACCUUCUCUAUCGUAAUUUUUAAAAACGGCAUUCAUGGAAAUCAGGUUUUUAAGUGGCACAUUGUUGUAAGUUAAUAUAAUUUUAAGAUUAGGAUUUUUAGGUUCUUAGGAUAAUAGCCAUUGUAUUGGAAUUUUUUGCACCCGAUAAGUUUUUACCGUGUAUAAAUAAUGAUUAAAUAACUAGAUAAAUGAAUAAAUUUGAUGUUCAAAUGUAA